AUGGCGUGUCCCCUGGAGCAGGCGCUGGCCACGAUGGUCACCACCUUCCACAAGUACUCGGGGAAGGAAGGGGACAAGUACAAACUCAGCAAGGCGGAGCUCAAGGAGUUGCUGAACAAGGAGCUGCCCGUCUUCGGGAGCAAACAAAUGGACGAGGCGGAGUUCAGGAGGCUCAUGAACGACCUGGACCACAACAAGGACAGCGAGGUGGACUUUAAGGAGUACGUCUGCUUCCUGGCCUGCAUCACCAUGGGCUUCAACGAGUUCUUCAAGGACGGCCCCACCAAGCAGCCCCGCAAGAAGUGA